AUGGACAGCGUAGCGGCUGCCAUCCCCGUCAAAACUCUACUCAUCACUGUAUUCCAGUCGAUCUGCGAAGUCUUCAUCCUAUGUCUCGCGGGCUACGUCCUCGCCUGGACGGGCGUGACGGAUAAGGCGACACAGCGCAAGCUCAACGUCAUCAAUGUGUCGCUGUUCACGCCGGCCCUCCUGUGCUCAAAGGUCGCCUUCUCCCUCACCCCGGCCAAGCUCAAGGAGAUGUGGAUCAUCCCCCUCAGCUUUGUCGUGAUCACCGGCGUCUCGGCUGCCGUCGCAUGGUUCCUCUCCAAGGUGUUCAAGCUCAAAAAGUCCCAGACUGCGUUUGCAAUCUGCGCGGCCAUGUUCCAGAACAGCAACUCGCUGCCUAUUGCCCUGGUCCAGUCCCUCGUUGUGGAGGUUCCGGGCCUCAAGUGGGGCGACGACGACAACAAGGACCAGAUGCUCGGUCGUGCACUCACCUACAUGGUCGUGUACUCUACACUUGGCAUGAUUCUCCGAUGGUCUUGGGGCGUCAAGCUGCUCGCCAACGCUGAUGAGGCCGAGGCUGCGGAGGCUGCCACCCAGGCAGCUGCUCUUGGUGUUGUUAACGGCAACGGAAACGGCAAUGGCCACGGAAACGGUCACGACGACUACAUUGAGCACCUCGACUCGCCGCCCAUCCUCUCCCCGCAGGCCUUUGUCCACCAGGACCCGUUCAUCUCGCCUGAGCGUACCCAGCGCCGCCACAGUGGCUUGAUCUCACCCCCGGGUCACAUUCGGUCGCCUUCUCCCUCUCUCCCGCUCUCUGGAUCAGCCGGUUCGGCGCACACGAUGCAGAGCCGCGGUCGUUCCCACUCUGUGCCACGCCACAACUCGUUGCCCUCGGGCAGCCGUCGUCCCCGCCCCGUCUCGCGUGCCGACUCGGGCCGUGAGUUCUGGGGGCUCCCCGAACAGCCGCGCACGCGUCUCAUGGACCUGGACGAGGACAGCAGCGAGAGCGAGUUUGAGAUUGACACCGACGACGAGUGGGGAGCCCACGACCUCCCGUCGCUCCGCCGCCGUAGGUCGCCCCCGAGGACCGGGUGGCAGGCCAAGUGGCGCAAAGUCAAGGUUUCUGUCACCCACGGCUGGCAUGCCUUCCUUGGGUUCAUGACUGUGCCGACCUGGGCGGCCCUCUUGUCCAUUGUCAUUGCCCUGAUCCCGCCCGUCCAGGCCAAGCUCGCCGAGAUUCGCCCGCUCACGGCGGCUAUCAAGUCGGCGGGCCAGUGCUCCAUCCCCGUCACGUUGGUCGUCCUCGGUGCCUUCUUCUACACGCCUCCCUCCAUCCAGCUGCCCGAGGACGAGCCCAAGCCCACGACCAUUACCGACUACUUUGGCCGCAAGUUCCGCUCGCUCAAGAGCUCCGACCUCGAGCCCAAGUACCCGGGCGAGGGCCGCACCGUGCUCGUUGCGUGCCUCUCGCGCAUGAUCAUUGUGCCCAUUCUCUUCCUCCCGCUCAUCGCCCUUAUUGCGCGGUACGACCCCUUCCUCGCGGCAGAGGACCCCGUGUUCAUUCUCUGCGCAGUCCUCCUCGUCUCGUCCCCGCCGGCCCUCACGCUCGCCCAGAUCACCCAGGCGGCCAGCGGCGACGCGUUUGAGCGGCUCAUCUCAAAAACAAUCUCGAUCUCGUAUGCCCUCCUCACACCGCCCCUCACACUCGUGUACGUGGUGCUCGCGCUCAUGCUCACAAAGAUGUGA